AGCGCGGAGCCAGCGCUGCCGAGCCGGGGAGGAGGAAGUCGGAGCCGCGCUGCUUCCUGUGCCCAGGCUGCUGAUCGCAGACAAAGCUGGGUGGGGACGCCGCUCUCUGGGCUGCCGCUGAGCCCGCCGCCCUGCCCCGCCCAGCCCGGAGAAGGCGAGCUCCAGCUGUCUCCCCGGGCGAGCCGCGAACGGAGCUAGAAGCUAUCGGUGCAAUCCGGCUCGAGAGAUCCUUGCUGUGUCUGCAGUGUGCAAACGGUAAUAGGGACUCAGGAUCACAGGAAAGUGGCCGCUAGAUAUGCAUACCCUGCUCAGAUAACCACGGAAACCACCCCACUCUUCGCUGGUAUUGACUAUUGAAGAUCGGCAGACCUUCCGCUAGAGAAGCAACUCACAGAAAAGACCGUUUUGCACAUCUGAAAAGCACAACCGGCACUCAGAUGGCCAGCAACAACACUGCCAGCAUAGCACAAGCCAGGAAGCUGGUGGAACAGCUGAAAAUGGAGGCCAACAUUGACAGAAUAAAGGUGUCAAAAGCAGCGGCAGACUUGAUGGCGUACUGCGAAGCCCAUGCCAAGGAAGACCCUCUACUGACCCCGGUGCCAGCUUCAGAAAACCCCUUUAGAGAGAAGAAGUUCUUCUGUGCAAUUCUGUAAGCCCUCCAUGAGCCUGACAUGCACUCAGCCCGCUCUGAACACUGAUGUAGCGUUUUUAGCAAUGUGGACAACUUUCUAGUCCACAGAAUUUAAAAAAAUAACAACAAGGCUGGGAGAUCCGGAGAUGUGCAUGUUUAAAGAAACUGGUCACCUUUUGGGGGAAUAAGAUCUACAUCAUGAGGUAGAAGAUCUGCAGAGUCAUCGAGAGAGAAAAAUAUGUAAAGAUUGUGUCACUUUUCUGCUCACAAAAAAAUAGAAAAACCAACAAAAAACCUUUGUUUGAUCCAUAUUUAAAAAAGACACUUGUGCUGAGCAAGGUAAAGGUUGAGGCUCUGUAUAACCUCAUUGGAAUGAUUAUCGUUGGGUUUUUCCAAAUAAUGCUCUUAUUUAAAUUGAAUUGUCAAAUAUCGCAACAGGCUAGAUUACUAUUAUAUUACUAAACGUUCAGUCUUGUGCUUUUUUUUUUGUUUGUUUUUUGCAUUAGAGUAGCACAGAGAUGGAUGGGAUUCCUCAAAAGAUGAUAAACUAAACUGGUUAGCAAGGGCUUAGUCAGUGAUACUUCACAUCUGCAGUGUGAACACUGUCUGUCUGUGUGUUUCUUGCAACCUAUUACCACAACUUCUGACACUUGUAUAUGGUAGCUUCAAUUCUGCAAGUAAAAGUAAAUCAGGUGUUGUGA